AUGCCCCUAUCAGUGUUCAAAAAACUGGGUCUUGAAGAAGUGAAGCCCACAACCCUCACCUUGCAAUUAGUAGACACAUCAAUUAUAUACACAAAGGGAAUUAAAGAUGUAUCGGUAAAGGUCGAUAAGUUCAUCUUUUUGAUGGAUUUUGUGGUGUUGGAUAUGGAAGAGGAUGAGAAAGUACCAUUAAAGGAAGUGAUGUCAAAGAAGAAAAAGUUGGAGGAGUUUGAGACAGUUAAGUUGAUAGAUGAGUAUAGUGCUAUUCUCCUGAAGAAGCUCCCUAAAAAAUUGAAAGAUCCAGACAGCUUCAACAUUCCUUGCAUUAUAGUGGUAUCACAUUUGAUAAAGCAGGAUGACCUUAGAGCUAGCAUUAACUUGAUGCCCCUAUCAGUGUUCAAAAAAUUGGGUCUUGGAGAAGUGAAGCCCACAACCUUCACCUUGCAAUUAGCAAACAGAUCAAUUAUAUACACAAAGGGCAUUAAAGAUGCAUUGGUGAAGGUCGAUAAGUUCAUCUUUCCGAUGGAUUUUGUGGUGUUGUAUAUGGAAGAGGAUGAGAAAGUACCAUUGAUUCUUGAUAGACCUUUUGUGGCUACUAGAAGAGCAUUGAUUGAUGUACAAGAAGGAAAAUUGACACAACGGGUUAUUGAAGAUCAGAGAGGGAUGAGCAAGGCAAGAAGAAAGUGUUCUAUAACCCUCUAG